AUGGAAACUUGCAAUCGCAUCUGGCCCGAGCAGAUCAACACGACUGGUCUUACGCAUCUAUACUUUGCAUUUGCCUACAUCGAUCCUGUCACUUUUUCGAUCGUUCCAGCCGAGCCUGCCGACGUUGAGCUCAUUCCACGAUUUACAGCUCUGAAAACCCAAUCCAUGCAGACAUGGAUUGCCGUUGGCGGAUGGUCAUUCAGCGAUCCUGGACCGACCCAAGGGACGUGGUCCGCUAUGACCAGUUCCAAAGAAAACCGAGCAUCGUUCAUCACGUCGUACCCUGCCACAGACGUGCGAGGAGGCCAUGAAGAAGAUACCGCAAAUCUCGUGUUUCUCGUUCAAGAAUUGCGGGCAGCAUUCGGAACCCGAUACGGUUUAAGUGUCAUACUGGCCCCGGACUACUGGUAUCUACGAGGAAUGGACCCUAAGGCCAUGGAACCCUACGUAGACUGGUUUGGCUUCAUGGGCUACGAUCUGCAUGGUGCCUGGGACGCAGCUGUGAAAACUGUUGGGCCUAUCAUUCGUCCUCAGAGCGACAUCCGGGACAUUGACAAAGAUCUUCUGCCGCUCUGGUUUGAUGAUUUGGAUCCCCAUAAAGUCAACCUCGGACUCGCAUACUAUGGCCGAGGGUUCACUGUCAGCGAUACAAAAUGCAUGUACUUUGGAUGCACCUUCACUGGUCCCAGCAAAGCGAGCAACUGCACUCAGACUGAAGGCUUCAUGAGUGAUCGGUAA